ACAUCCCCUCUCAAUCAUCAGGGCAUGGGCAUUGCCUCUGACACAGCUUCAUGGCACCAAGGGGAUUCCCCUAGCACCACGCCCUCCCGGACUGCUACACCUGUCUCCGUGCGUUCCAUUGACUUGGACAGAGAGGACCUUGAGGUUCAGCAUUUGAUUUCUGGACCGGAAUUGGAUGCUGCAGCUUGGCUGAAGGAGAAAGAGUUACUUGAAAAACAGCUGCAGGUCUUAAAGAAGAAAUUAGCUGAAGUAGAGGAGAGCAAAUCCAAACUCAAUUGGUCCCUCCGAAAAUCUCAGGACCAGAAUGAUGAUCUGGAGUUUCGGGUCCUGGAACUGGAAGAAUUGAAGAAGGAAAGAGAUGAGAGUGAGCAAAAGAGGGAUGACUCAACUUCAUCAUCAAAUGAACAACUCAAUGCAAUAAAUGAGGCCAAAGACAACCGAGCAACUGAAUCCACAACUCUUCCAGAUCAACCAAGCUUUAUUUGGAGCAUUCAUUUUGAUACAACUAUUGAACAACUCACUUAUACACACAUUUCAGAACUGAAGCAAAAGCUGGACCAAUUAACAUGCAAAGAGAAUUCUUCAGCAAGUCAGGAACAAAAGACUUUCAUCUUUUCCAUUUCAAAGGUGCUACAAUCAGCUCAAGAGACUAUUUCUAAUUUUGAAGAGUCUGAUGUUGAUAUGAAACAGAGACUGACAACAAUGGAAGAACAGUAUGAGAAACUGAAGAUGCAAACAGCAGAGCAGGAAGAAGAUAACCAAAGAUUAGAACAGAGGAGUGAAGAUUUGAAGAAAAGUUUAACUGCUAUGGAGGCUGAAGCAUCCUCAUACAAGGUACUCGCAGACAUGAAGGCUGCCGAAAUAGAUAAACUCAGAGCAGAGAUUGAUCAAAGGAUAAAGAAGAUCACCGAUGUCCGGGCUUCCACACAGACAGAAGAGAGCUAUAAAGAGAGAAUCAAGGAGUUGGAGAUAUUAUUGGAGGAGCAGCGCUUCCACAUAGAGAGUCUAUGCAAGCAUCAGUCAGGGAUGGAGAGUGACCUUGAGAAACAUCAAGGUCAGAUCAUACAGCUGGAAUAUAGGGUCAAAAUGAGAGAAAGUGAACUCAACAGAGUAGGGGAAUUGCAUCCAAUUUCACACCAGCAUGAGCGUAGGCGUUCAAGCUUCAUGGAAACUGAGACAGAGAAAACCGAUUCCGAACUCCAGGCCGAGUCUCUCUGGGAAGCAAUAGAGGCCACCAAGAGCUCCGAGACGGACACCCAGCUCAACUUCCUGCAAGACCACUCUGAUCACGAGACAUCCGCAGUUGAGGAACUCUUCCAGGUUCUGGAGAAGGGCGGGGAGAAAGCCCCAGCCCCGCCCAGCGGUGGCGCUACCAUGGACGGCUCACCAAAGGAAGAAGCCGAGGAAGAGGAUGGCGAUACAGUAGCAGAAGAUGUUGAUACAGAUAGCUCGUUCAGUCUUCCAUUGCCAGAUGAUGAGGUGGAUGAUGAUAGUUCUGAUGAGGAGCCUCCGAGGAGGAAGCUCCUGGUUCCUGAAAUGUUCCAAGAUGCAAGCUCAGCUCUUGGUAGCGCGUUCAUGCUGCGAUCCGAGGAGGAUGACGAACCCAUAGAGGACCUGACAGAGGCAGAUGCAGCAGCUAGAGAACUGAGCGCUACUGGGAUUCAAGUAGAGCCAUUACAACGAGAUGCAGGUGGACACCAGGACAUGAGUGCAAUCAUUCCUGGAGUUGAUGCUACAACGCUUGACAGGGAUGCCUUUAGUGGUGACAAGGAGUGGGAUGAAAAUGAAAUCCUUCAGAAGUCAGGUGCAGACGAUGAGACAGCAUCUACUAAAGUGGUUACUGAUGGGACACACAGUCCAGACUAUGAUCGUGAUGAUGGCGAUGAAGACGACCAGACAGAGAUUUCAGAUCUCUUGUCGCAAAACGAGGAACUGAAGUCUCGGGUCGAAGAGAAAGAAAUGGCCAUUCGGGAGAUGAAGGAUACAACACGCACACUGAAACAGGUGAUACGCGAUCAAAUGACAGAGUCUGAGAAACUCAGGGGAGCUGACGAAAGCAGCGCUUUGGGACAAAAACUGGAGGAGUCGAAGAUGAAAGAGGGCACUCUGAAAAGAGUCGUAAAAGACCUCCAGAUAUCAGAGCAAUCUCUCAAAGAGCAGUUGAACCAACUGAUUGAAGAAAGAGAUGACUUAAAAUCCAAGUUGAAAUCGUCUGGGGAUGAAUUAAACCAAGGGGAUCAGGAUGCAUCUUGUCAAGAAAAUCUAGACCAAAGGUGCAGGGCAGCUGAGGAACGCAUAAAGGAGAUUGAGGUACUGAACAUCAGCAUGAUGGAAAAGUACGAGACAGAGAUUGCCGAGAAAGAUGUAAGGUAUCAAACAUUGGAAAGAGAUUAUGAGAAACUGAGUGACAGUGUGCAGCUGAAAGAGGAGUUGCAGCAGAAAUUAUCAAAAUCAGAAGGAGACUUAAUCGAAAAGGAUGAAGUAAUAGUUGCUUUAGAGGGAAGUCUUGCCAAAUAUGAACAGAAUGAGGAGCAAGAAAGAUCAGGUAAAGAGCAGAUGAGCUCCAAAUUUCAAGAAAUGGAAACAAUUCUGGACAAGGUACAGAAAGAUUUUGCUAGAAAAUGUUCAGAGGUAAUCCAGCUUCAGGCGCAAAUGAAACUAGAAAGGGAAGAACAACAAGCUCGAGAUGAUGCCAUUGCAGAGAGGGACACAGAUAACAAGGAUCUUCAAACACAGCUGGCACAUGCAGAGGACAACUUAACAGCAAAGGCAGAAGAAUGUGAAAAUAUAAACGUGCGGUUGGAACAGCAAGAAAUGAAAUCACAACAAGCUUUUGAUGAAGUCAUCGCUGAAAGAGACAGAGAAAUUAAGAACCUUCAGAUGCAGCUGACACAGACAGAGGACAACCUGAAAGCAAAAAUAGAUGAAAGUGAGGAAAGGAUCAUUGAAGCAGAAGAGAGUAAGAGGGAGAGUGAUGAGGAGCUUUCCAGACUGCUAGAACAGCUUGCUGAUUUCCAGGAUUCUCAAAAGGAAGCGUCAAGUUCAGUGGAGAAGGCAGAGAAAGAUAUCGCUUUGAAGGUUGUUGAAGUGUCAAAUGCGAAGGCAUCUUUGCUUUUAAUGGAGGAAAAGUAUGAAACGGAACAAUCAGAAAAGGAGAAGAUCAAGAAAGCUCAAAGCAAGCUGGAAGAGGAAUUGAUGGCGACAAGAGAAAAUGUUAUACAGUUGGAAGGACAACGAUCCUCCUUAAAGAAAUUACUGGCAGAAAUGAAAUCUGAAGUUGAAAUUUUGAAUGAAGAAAACAAGGUGCUGGAUGAGAAACUGAGCCAGUGUGAAUCAAUUUCUACUGAAAUUGAAAAGGAAUCUGAUCCUGUUGUUUGUGAAGAUGUUAUUGUUUCCCAAGCAGAGCACACGACAGAAGCUGUACCUCUACAGCAUCCAAGUGAUGUCCAACAAGAAGAGGCACUACGAUGUCAACUCCAAGAGAAAGAUGAGGAGGUCACCAAAUUAGAAAGUCUUGUGAGAGCUGUACAGGAUGAAAAACUAGCAAUGGAAGAAAGAAUGAAGGGGAUUGAAGAGCUUCUGAAAGAUAGUGUGAUAGAUAAUGAAGACAUGCUGAGAGAGAGAAUAGUGGAGCUGGAGGUUGUGGAAAAGACCUUGAAGCGACGAGUCCAGGAGCUUGAGUCUGCUCAGAAGGAAGCCGAAGAGAAAGUGGAUGCUACUUUGGAAGAAAUGAAGCAUCUAGAGGACAGCUAUGAGGAGAGAUUUAAAGAGCUGAGAACAUCAGAACACAUGCAGCUAGAAAAGGCAGCUGAGCUUGAGGAAAUUGGGAACCACUGGAAGAGUGAGACAGAAACACUAAAGGAGCAAUUAGAGGACAGUGAAUCUAUGAAUAAAAACCUGAAAGAGAAACUCCAGGAGGUAGAGACAGAGCUGGAAGAGCUGCAAGUUGUGAGCAAGCUUGCAGGAGAUGACCUUGGAAGCACUCAGAAGAGUCUUCCUUCCUUAAUGGAUGAAGGUUUGGGUGCUCUGGACACCGGUAGGACCAAUAUCUCUCACUUUGGAGAAGAAUUUGAGGAUUACGAAAAUGAUGGAGAGGAAGAUUUUGUUUUAAGUGAUGACCUUCCUCAAGAAUCAGUUUCAGAAGCACAUAGUAUACAUUCUGAUGACAAGGUAAAGCUAAAGAAGAGAGUUGAGGAACUUGAAAAAUCUGAAGCUGAGCUUAUGGAGAAGGUUGAUAUCCUCCAGCAGUCAGAAGGUGAGCUAGCAGAGCUGUUAGAGUCCCUGCAGCAGAACGAGGCUAUCGUCAGAGAAGCAUCAGAACAGCUUGAAGACAUGAGAGCACAGAACCUUGAGAUGGAACAGAGUCUUGAAAAAGUAUUGAAAACCAAUCAAGAUCUCCAGGAACAGAUGGCAGAAAUGGAGAUUGAAAGAGAUGAACUCUUGCUUAACCUGGAUGAGGAAACUUUAAAAGAUAAUCAACUGCAAAAAUUGCAGAAGGAUCUUGAGGAGGCAGUUAAAGUCAAAACCGGUUUGGAAUCCAAAGUUGAAAAGUUUGAGAAAGACAACAACAGCUCGUUAUCAAAUUAUAAAGAGCUUGAAGAGGCUUAUAAUCAGAUGGUUAAGCUGAAAGAUGACCUUGAAAAGGAGCUUGAGAAAUCUCAAUCUGUAGAAACAGAGAUGGUUGCCAAACUGGCUGAAACUGAUACACCCAAUUCUAGUUUCCUUGCUCCAGAGAGUCUGUCUAAGUUGGAAGAAGAAAACAAGCAGAUAGCUAAGCAGUUACUGGAGGCAGAGGAAGAGCGUGCGGCCUUCAAGGAAAAGAUGAAGGCUUUGGAAGCGGACAUUGAGUUUUUGGAGGAACUGAAGGCUGGCGGAGAACAGUCUAUUGUGGAGCUGAGCUUCCAGGUAGAGUCCUUAGAAGGUGAAGUGGCUUCGAAGUUCAGGAUGCUGGAAGAGAACGAAAGCAUCCUUGGAGAGAGGCAGAUAGAAUUGGCAGAACUGAGGAGAAGGCUGGAGGAGGAGACAGAUUUGAAGACUGAGCUGGACACACAGAAUAAGCAGCUGAAGGAGGAGUACGUGGUGAAGAGCAAAAUGUUUCAAGACAAUGCAAACAUCAUGGAGAAGAAAGUGAUUGAGCUGGAUUUAGCAAAGAAAGAGUUAGCAUCAGUUAAUGCCACUUGUGAUGAACUAAGAGUCACCAUAUGUGAUUUAGAGAAAACUGUGAAGGAUCUUGAAAGAGAAAAGGAUACAGAAGUGCCCAGAGAGAAUUUGAAACCUGCUUUUAUUGAGGAAGAGAUAAUUUCAAGGGAAGUACAGUCUACAGACAUGAUGGCUCCUCCUCCACUUCCUACUUCUCUUCCUCCUCCUUCCCAGUUCAGUGCUCUUGAUGAUGACAUCGAUGAUGACAGUGACAGUCCUGAAAACACUGGUAGAUUGGAAAGUGCUCCAACCAUUGAUGCUUUGCAGCUUCGCGUCCAGCAUCUCAUAGACAACGAGGAAAAGCUGCAGGAGAAGAUAUAUGAGUUGGAGCAACGGCAGAGUGCCUUCAACGAAACCCUAGCUUCCGCAGACACUAUCAUGGCAGACAGGGAGAAUGAGUUCAAGGAAGAGAUAGAUGAACUCCAGAGCUCCAAUAAUGAUUUGAAACAAAUGCUGGAAGAAGCUAAAAACCAAGGACAGGCAAGCAGAAAGUCCAGUGUUGGUUUAACUAAAAGUGAAGAGGAGUUUAGCAUAUUUGAUUGCAUUGACGAAGACAGCGAGACUGAACAUGACUUUGAUGAUAUUGAGGAAGAUUUUGCUGAAGAGAGUGGAAAAGCAGGGAAUGCUAGGAGAAGAAGUUCAGCUCGAUCUCACAAGAUCCCACCAAAACUCAAGAGAGUUGCUAGCGAUGACACUCUGACCCAGAGUCAGGAGAAAAUAGCAGAUUUGAUGGUUACAGUUGAUGAACUUGAAAAGCAAAAUUCUGAACUUCUAUCUGCCUUGCAGGAAAAAGAAGAAAGCCUCGAUACGAACGUAAUACAAACUCAAAGUUCACCUGAUCAAGACUUGCAAGCAAAGCUUAGUCAAGCACAGCAGGAUAAAAAUGAGAUGGCACUAGAAAUUCAAUCUUUGAAAGCCAAAGUAGAUGCUUUCGAGCCAUUUGUAGAUCAAUUUAAACAGUUCCUGGAGGAAAAAGAUCCAAGUGAAACUGAUAGACAUGGUCAAGAACAUUUAUCCAAAUCCCCUGACGAGGAUGUCAGGAUGCUUAGAGAGAGAAUAAUUGAACUGGAGUCUUUGCAGGAAGAGUUAAAAGAAGAAUUGAGAGAUACCAAGCUCAGUGAAGAAACCAUGACGGAGAUAAGUGAGGAACAGGUCAAGGAGAUUCAAGGGCUUAAGGAUGAUCUUGAUGAUUUCAGAUCAAAGGCGUCGAAAGAAAAGACAAGAAAAUCAGAAAAGGCUGAUGUCAACGAGAAUGAACUUGAUGAGCUGAAACAUCUCAAGGAAAAACACUCCUGUGUCAUUACUGAAAAUCAGGAGUAUGAGGCAAAUGUUCAGCUCCUGAACGAUAAGAUAAAGCAGGUAACAAAAACAAAUGAGCACCUACAGGAUGAGGUGGAUAUUCUUAAAGCUCAUGUGGAAGAACUUGAGAAGUCAGAGAGCAAAGUUACUGAAGAUCUUCUGGCUAGUGAAAAGUCUCAGGAAAAACUUGGGCAGUCAAAAGAACAGCUUGAAAGGACAGUGAAGGCUCUUGAGGACAGCAUUGAGAUGCUGACGUCCCGUGUCCAGGAGAGUGACCAAGGCCAGGAGAGGGCAAAGGCAUCCAACAAGGUCCUGGAGAGUAAGUUCAAGGACAUGCUGAUGUCCGAGUCAACACUGAAAAACAACCUGAAGCAGAUGGAAACCACCAAGCUGGACCUGGAGCAGAAGGUAAAGCAGUUGGAGAGAUCGGAUGAGAAAUGGAAACAGGAGUCGCAGGAGAUGGAGGAUGCCAUCCUGGACACCAAGAGGCAGAGCCGGAAGCUGGAGGAGGAGGUGAAGCUCUUGAAACUGGACAAUGGCCAGCUCAAUCACGAGAAUGAAAUACUGUCGGAGAAAGUGGAAGACAAGAAGAGCCAGGACCAGCAGACGCAGAACAGGUUAUCCGAGAUGGAGAUUGGAGAAAGCAACCUCAGACUGCAGCUGAAGAACUCUGAGAUGAGGGAAGCAAAACUCAAAGACCAGCUCAAGGACUUGGAGGGUUCUGUUUCCACUCUCAAGCAAAAGGUGUCCAGGACUAACCAGCUGGAAGGGGACUAUGACUCGCUGCAAAGGGAGCUGCAAGCGGCCCAACAGAGGGCAGACGACUACGAGAGGUCAAAUGUCAAGUUGGAGGAAAAACUGCAACAACUGGAGCAGAAUCUCAGAAGUCAUGGCAUGGUGAGUCUAUCGGUGGGUGAGUACCAGGAGCUGAAAGCCCAGGCCAUGCUGGCCUCCUUGGCCGAUGGAGAUACACCUGGAGCCAGAGAGGGUGGAGCAGGAGGAGAAGCAGCUGGAGAAGUAUGGAUGAGGCUAGAUCAGAAGAAUAAGGAAUUGAGAGAGGUUCAGGAGUUAUAUAACCAGUCUGUAAAAGAGAAUGUGAAGCUGAAGCAGAGCAUUCGAGAUCUCCAGACGAAGGCAGGUCCUAGCAGUGGCACUCUGUCCCAGAAUGUGUCUGGAGGAGGGGAUGUGGAAGCAAAAUCAACCCAGACUAUUCCUUUGAAGCUUUUGACUAAAGGUGCUCUCCAAACAAAAAUGCUUGCAGAUGACGAUGAACUAACCCUUGAAGAUUUCCUGAACGCGCUACCACGCCAGAGCUCCGAUCACGCCUCCCCUAUCCCCAUCAAGGUCUACGGACCUCUGAUUCAAACGGACCAGGACUUGAUCCAUUUGGACCAAUCAGCACCAUCCUUCAUGCACAGGCAGCCAAUCAGAGAGCAGGCCAUAGGGGAGGAGGUGGAGGCGGGACAUGUCACCAUGGCGAUGAGACCCAUGGGGGACGAUGGAUUUGACUUUGAUGGGUUGGGUUUGGAAGUGGAUGAGAUUGACAGGUUACGAGUCGGUUCAUCGGUGAGCGAUGACCUUGACGUGUCCUUGUCAUCGGAUGGUCCACCCCUCCCAGACACCUCACCACCAGGUCAACUCAAGCCAUUCCACGGACGCACCAACUCCACGUCUUCGGACAUCUCUGACCUUGCCCCACCCGCUCCCCCUCUCCCAUCCCUGCCGCCUCCACCCAAGCACAUGGGCGGGGUUGACGAGGGUGCAGAGCAGACCUCUCAUCUUAGGGCUCCCUCUCUUGACAGCGGUAUGGAAACGCAGGAACCGGAAAUUGAAACCUCCACCUCUCAAGACGUUUUCACCGGUCCCCCUCAGCUGUGCCUGCCUAGUGUUCCGGGCAGCGCAGGACCUCCUGUGGCCCCCAAGCCGGGCACGCCUCUCUGGCUGAAGAAGAUGGUGGAUUGGCAGAAUGCGGAGAAGGAGAAGGAGCACGAGGAGUAUGGACAGAUGAAGGAGAAGGUGGAGCAUCUAUCAAGAGCUAACCAGGUUCUUGAGGAUGAAUUGAGACAGUUAAAGGUUGAUAGAGAACAGAUGAAGAGACAAGUACAAGGGGCCAGUGAUGCCAGGGAGCUGCAACAAAAGAUUCAGAGUCGUGAUUUAGAAUUAGAAGAGAAAGAGCGCCAAGUGACACGUUUGAAAACGGAAAUCAAGGAGCGAGAGAUGGAAGUUGUUCGACUGAAAUCACAGUUGGAAGCACUUUCCCAGGCUGGAAAGACCAGUCAGUCCGAUGAGAUGGCCAUGUGGCGUUUGAAGGAUAAGUUGGAACGCACACAGGAGCAGCUAAGAGAGAAAGAACGUCUCAUCCAUUCCCAUGAUGCAACACUGGGCCGAGCCAAGGCAGAUCUUGUCAAGAAAGAGACUGAGCUGUUUUCAAAGGAGAACGCUCUUCAGCUGAAGAUAGAUGAGUUGACGAUGAUUAAGGAGAGGAUGAGACUGGUGGAAGAAGGCCAGAGAGACGACACCACCAAGUUCCAGCUCUCGGAGAACUCCUCUAAACUUACCACACUAACAGCUGAGAAUGAGGGUCUGCGUACCAGGCUCUCUGAGCUGGAGCCGUUAGAGAUCCAAGUAAGGGAGCUCCGGUCGGAGCUGGGCAGGAGCUCCCACACCACCAGGAGCACGGAGGCUCUAGAGAGAAAGCUCCAGAUGGCCCAGAAAAUGCUCCAGGAAAAGACGGAGAACGAGAUGAGGUUAGCAGAAGACAAUGCCAGUCUACAGCAGAGACUCAGAACAAAACAGACUCAAGACACAUACACCAAGGACUUGGAGAAACACUAUUCCCAACUGGAGGAUCAGAUGGGGACAUUAGAACACGAAAGGAACGAGGCUGAACUAGCGGUUGCUCCACUAAAGGCGAAGGUCUCUUACCUCACCAAGAAAUGCCAGGAACGAGAUGAUCUGAUAAGGAAGCUCAAGCAAGAGAUCGCCAUGGUGAAAUCGGACAAAUCCUCCGACCUCCUGGAGCAAAUUGGCAACCUUUCAACUCUGUUACCCGACGAAGCAUACAACGAACCCCUGAAGACUCGUACUAGACAAAGCAAACAAAGGAGUUCUAGGAAACAGACUAAGAACCAAAUGCCUGACUUGUCGGAAUUGUUGAACGCUGAGGAAAUGGAGUUCUUGAAAAGAGAAUCUUUGGAAAAUGCUGAUGUGUUGUUAGACGAGGAAGAGGAUCAAGGGGAGAUUUCGCUCCAAGAACUUAUGAAACAAACAAAAGGUCAUCGUCAUGGCAUCAAAAGUUCUUUAGAUGACAUUGAUUUGGAUGAGUUAGAUCUCCUGGGAACCGCUGGGGAGACUGGUAGUGACCAAUUCUCCAUUGGGAACGGUAUUGGAUUGGGUAGCAGAGACAGGAAAAGGAGGUCACCGGUCUCCUUUGGAUUUGGUUCUCUUCAACCUUCUUUCAAGUCUAGGGCUGUCAAAGAUCGGCAGACAAGGCCAACCUCGAUGGGAGUGCCCCUGCCAGGCAGCAACCAAACAUCACCUGGGUCUCUUGGUCUGGAUCUACCAGAUGGACUCCUCUCAUCUCCUCUUGCCACCCAACUGACCUACCCUCCCACCUUGCAACAUCCUUCCCAACCCAAAUAUCAAAGCAAUGUUCCUCUACAUCAACCACCUCUUGCUCCACCAUCUUUACCCCAGGGGUACCCCCCUCAUCAGACACCGUCCAUCCCUCAGCACCAACCACGGGGUGUCCCUGGUACCCUAGGACCAGCACAGCUACCGGCAGCACCUCUACAGGGUCUUGGGCUUCACCCCUCAGCUCUUUAUACCGGUGUCUCUACCCCCAACCAAUACCCACAGGAGAGACUCCACCCCCAGGCUCCACAAGCGGUACCUCAAAUGCUGAAUAACUCUGUCCCUCGUCCCCCUCCUGGUAUGUUACCCAAUGGACAUCCAAUGACCAAUGGGCAACCGCAGAUGCCAUCACAAAUGUAUGGGGUAGGACCGACGUCCUCUGUUGGUGCUAGUUUGCCACUCAGUCAUCAGAACGUCUUGAAUUUACCAGGCAAUCAACCGAAUAGCAAUGGUCUUUAUCAGGAUCCGACUUAUAGUGCUCACAACCAGGGCUUAAGCGCAGGUAUACCCGACCCUCCGAGGUCUCUCUCCAUCUCCCGCGAGGUCAGCAAACACAGCGUACUACUCACAUGGAGCCUGCCCGCUAUGGAUGUCAUGUGUCGUAGCAACGGUGUGGAGGUCGUAGGUUAUAGGAUACAUGUCAAUGGUCAGCAGAAACAGCUGGUGUCAAGUGCUCAUAUGACCAAGGCACUGGUUGAUGGCAUCUACUUGAAGACAAUCUACAGGUUUGCCAUUUGUUCUGUGGGUGCUAAUGGCCAAAUAUCCAACAUGGCCGAACUGAGCUACAACCCUGCAUCAAGCAUCCCUUCAUCAACGGCAUCGGAGUCUCGGAGAAGCGAAUCCAUCAUCAGCUCAGAAGUCUCAUCAGGUCCAAAGUAUGGUCACAAGGAAGAAAGACUGUUCAUGGCGAUAUACACAUAUGAUCCAGAUAGCCAUUCACCCAAUGACAAUCCAGAGUAUGAGCUGACAUUCACAGAGGGCGAUCUGAUAACAGUGUAUGGAGAUAAGAGACCCGAUGGUUUCUACCAUGGGAAGGUUCGAGGAAGGAAAGGCCUUGUGCCAUCAAACUUCAUUGAAGAGAUCUCAAAGGAAGAAUCCAGGAAAAGAGGAUCCAGAGAGUCACAUUCAAGAAGAAGCAGAGAGAGCAGUGCAGAUGGAAGGAAGACAAGGGAAAGGAAAGGAAGGAGUGAUAGAGAGAGUAGGAGAAGAGAAGGACAAUCACAUAGGGGAUCAAGAAUUUAAACAUAUUUUGUUUUCUCUAAAUAAUAAUAAUAAUAAUAACAAUGAUAAUAAUAAUAAUAAUAAUAAUAAUAAUAAUAGUUUGUUCU